CCCCCUCGCAAACAACUGCAACAAGUGCAUUGAUGAUGCUCGGCAGCUCAAUCCUCCUAAGAAAGACCUCUUUUAAACUGCGAAUAUGUGAGCUUUUCCUGAGCCGCCACGGAAGAUAUCGUACGAGUCAGUAUUUAUUUUGUGCUCCUGUUUGUCUGCCAUCAGGUUAUGCCGGUUAGUGAAAGCGAAAUUGAAGUGGAGAAAGAGCUUGCGCAAUUUUACAAGAAGUUUUUAUCAAGUGAGGUCGUGAGCUAGCUCAAGUCGCUAGCCGGGUUUGUGGUGGUUAAGGAGUCCAAAGCCAGGCGUUUGUCUCAAUAUGUUGCUGUGGUAACUACUAGUGAGUAAAAAAAAAGGGGGAAGCGGACCUGUGGCUGUUUUUGUACGCGACAUGCUUUGUACGAGAGGUAGUGCGAGGCAGCAAGACCUCAGAGAAACACUUCACCAUGGCUGAACAACAAAAACAGCUGCUCCUGUUGAUGUGAGAGAGGACACCAUCAGCGACCAUGAGCAGGGCAGAACAAAAAGACAGGGUCUUGUCCACAAGCGAAGACCCCCUGAAGUGCCUCCACAACUCUAAAGCUGACCCGCUGCUUCGAAGCCGACCCCUCAGUGAUAUAUAUCCAUUCCACGGUCAUGCUGACAGAGGUGCAGUCCCAUAUUUGCUGUCUGGGUGUGGCGCCCAAAUACAGCCGAUGACUGCAGGUCCUAAUGAAAGCAGACUGAAUGGUAUUAACUCCUCCGCCUGGUCCGCCCCUGUUAUAGGUCAACCCGAGGGAAAACCCUACUCGUCAAGAAUUAUGAAGCUUUUUUCUAACUCAAAGAAGGGUCCUAUCCCUGCUCACAGUCCAACCACUGACUGUUCCACCUCAAAUCAGAGCAGCGACAGCAACGGCGCCCAGCCCUGGCCAGGACUUUCAGGACUGGGUGUUGUGGACUCUUUCAAAAAACUCCGCUCCUCUGUGCUCCAGGGUAUACAGAGUAGAGGGGCAGUACCCAGUGAUGGAGAGCACGUCCCUUCAUCGAAUCAGGAAAUGGCUAAUGGCACUGGUGUAGAUGAUGCAAGAAAUCAUUUCAAGUUGGCAGAGGGACACAGUUGUUCUAAUGGAAAUCUUACUGACCAAAAGUUGGUGAUGAGCCAAUAUGGAUCAGAUAUUGAGGACUACGAUGAUGAGGAAAAUGAUGAAGGAGAUGGUCUCAGACGCAACACACGAUUCUCAAGGAGUAUCAGGAGAGCGUACGGAGCAGGAAGGAUUUCUUUACUCGACACAGUGAAUGGGAGAGUAGCAGGAAGAAGCGCAAGUGAAGCUGCACGCGGUCAGAAACUAGAUCAGACAUCCAGUUCGAACACCCAACCAGACAACGUGAAUGAGAACACAAAUGUGAAGGCGCUGAGCAGAAUGAGCAAAAGUGCAGAAAAUCUUCAUAUAUUUAAGGCACCUUUCAGACUCAAAGCCCCAUCUCCAGGACCUUCCUCGCCUCUGGAAGACCCACAGAGGACUAGCAUGUCAAACGGGACGCCGAGCAUCCAGAGGACAGCCAGCGCCUCCUCUGUGGACCUCCGGGGCCGCAAGAAGAGCCCUGUGAAGACCAAGGGGCCGAUGCUGAAGCUGGUAGGCAGCAUGACUGAUCUGACUGUCCGACGCAAGCGAAGUCCCUCCCCCAAUCCCACAUCUCCAUCUCUCAUGUCACCCCUGAGCCGUCUCCACGACGACUACUCCCGCCGCGUGCCUUGCCUAACGACCAGCGAACGACAGCGCCGGCCCUCGCCCAUCAGAGCCCGGGUCUUGUCUGUCGGACACACCCCUCUUGUUCUUCCACAGCCUGCGUACGAUGUAGGCCCACAGCAGCACCAGGUUCUUAUCAGCCCGGUUGUUGUGGAGCCCCCAGAGAGAACAGAGGCGACUUUACCUGGUAUCUCUGCUCAUUAUGAAUCGGCAGAAUGCGAUUCAUCUCCACUCAACCAAAAAGAGCCUUCACAACAACAAGAACAGACUGAGAUGAUACCAAACGAGGUGACAUCAGACCAACAAAGGCAAGAGGCACCUCUCCAAACAGAAGACGUCUCUCCAACAACCAGUAGCACCCCUGCUGUCUCUCCAACAUGCCUCCCAGAGCCACCCACAUCGACCUCAUCUCCCACAGAUACAUCCCCAACCUCUUCCACAGAAACAGCCUCCGUCAAGUCCAGACGAAGGAGUGGGCGCCCGAGACCUCGGCCCAUCUCUGACUAUGGCCAGCUCAUUUCCAGAAAGCACUCCAUUCCUGAGGAAGUGGCAGAACUGCGAGCUGAAGAAAGGACCGCAAACGCAUUGUUGCAUAAAGACUGUAGUGGUGAUGAUUCAUUUGAGAAUGGGGAAAGUCCUGAGAGCUGCAGCAUGAACGGAGACAUUCAGGGCCGGAGGCAGCGACCAAUCUCAGUGAUAGGAGUUGUGGAUCUGUUCCCUCCUGAUGCCGAGGAGAAGGACGACAGCCUUCCAUCUCCUCUGUCGCGGCCGCCCAUCCCCUCCCACCAGGUGCCCCCCUACCGAGCAGUGUCAGCCAGGUUUCGCCCCUCCACCCUCUCCCAGAGCACCCCCAUCGGACUGGACCGCGUUGGACGGCGUAAGCUCCACAGAGUGCUCAGUGAUGGUAUGUCUGAGUGCUCAGCAACACUUGAUGACAGCGUGAGUGAGGAGGAGGAGGGCAGCUUUGAUGAGCUCACUGAUGUCACGCCCCACCUCCAGCCAGGGGUGGAGCUCUCCGUGCUCAACGAGUGGAUAAGCUCUGGCCAUGCGGUGAAUGCUGAGGCUCUCUGGGACCAUGUGACCAUGGAGGAGCAGGAGCUGGCCUUCAAAGCUGGGGAUGUUAUCCGCGUUCUGGAUGCCUCGCAUACGGACUGGUGGUGGGGCAGGGGAGCUGACAGGGAGGCCUGGUUCCCCUCCAGCUUUGUGAGGGUCCGAGUGAACCAGGAGGACUCGAGUGCAGAAAGUGUGGAGAGUGUAGCAGACCAGGAAAAUCCAUCUCCCAGGGACACGCACAGCGCUCAGCACAAAGAGCAGAUGAGAACCAACGUUGUUCAGGAAAUCAUGAAUACUGAACGUAUUUACAUCAAACACCUAAAGGACAUCUGUGAGGGUUACAUCCGUCAGUGCCGCAAACACCCGGACAUGUUCACUGAGCUGCAGUUGAAGACCAUCUUCAGUAACAUAGAGGACCUUUACAAGUUUCAGAGGCAGUUUCUCAGAGACCUGGAGAAGAAGUACAACAAAGACCAACCACAUCUCAGUGAAAUAGGCUCUUGUUUUCUCAUGCAGGGAGAAGGAUUCUCUAUCUACUCAGACUACUGUAACACUCAUCCAGCAGCCUGUGCUGAGCUUCAGCGCCUCAUGAAGUCAGGCAAAUAUAAGCAUUUCUUUGAGGCCUGCCGGCUCCUCCAGCAGAUGAUUAACAUUUCCAUUGCGGGUUUCUUGCUCACGCCCGUCCAGAAGAUCUGUAAAUACCCUUUACAGCUGGGAGAGCUGCUCAAGUACACCCCCAAAGACCACAGUGACUACAGCGGAGUGAGCAAAGCGUACGAGGCUAUGAAGAAUGUGGCCAGUCUGAUAAAUGAGAGGAAGAGACGACUCGAGAGUGUUGACACCAUCGCUCACUGGCAGGUGGCCAUUCUGCACUGGGAGGGCUCUGAUGUGCUGGAGCGCAGCUCAGAGCUCAUCCACUCCGGCGAGAUGACUCGAAUCGUCCGACAAGGCAAAAUGCAACAGCGCAGCUUCUUCCUGUUUGACCACCAGUUGGUCUUCUGUAAAAAAGACGUCCUGCGAAGAGACCUGCUCCACUACCGGGACCGGCUGGAUAUGGACCAGACCGAGGUGGUGGAUGUGCCCGACGGGCGGGACCUGGACCUGGGUCUGACCCUGAGGAAUGCUCUGCGCCUGCGAAACGCCUUCACUCUGGAGUUUAUGUGCGUGCUGUGCUGCAGGAAGCCCCAGGACAAGCAGAGGUGGUUAGAGGCCUUUGCCAAGGAGAGAUACAGAGUCAAGGAAGACCAAGAAAUGGGGAUGGAGAUCAGUGCAGAGCAAAGAAAACAGGCCAUUGUUAAUGCCAGAAGAGCCAAACAGGGGAAGAGCAAAUCCAUCGGUUACUCUGGUUCUGUCCCACCACACCACCAAAACCUUCACCCGCUUCACCAGCGUCACAUCACCAUUCCAACCAGCGUGCCUCAGCAGCAGGUCUUUUCACUGGCCGAGCCCCCAAAACGAAAGCCUUAUCACCUGUUGUACAACAUCACCCGCAGCGCUUUUUUCAGGAAAUGAGACUUUUGCACCCUCAUCUUUUCUUUCUUUUUUCCCUCCCCUCCCUGUGCAUGUUCAGUGCACGCCUAAACCAUCCUGGAAGACUCAAAGAACACUUUAUUUUUUUCCCCUGUAUUUUCCAGCCUGUGAAUGUACUGUCAAGUUUUGUGUUCCUCGUGUGUCUUUCUCAAUGUGUGUGUGUGUGUUUUUGUCACAUGUUGAAGUACAGUGCCUACUUAUUUGGAAAAAGGGGCAUGACAAAGUGUUAAAUACUGACCGUCCAUUUUGUCCUCGUGUUAAAGAUGCUGCUCCCACC